UGUUGGUUGGCCUUCAGAGACGCCAAUCUAAGAAAAUAAUGUUCGUCCAUUCAAACACUCGUAACUCGACGCAGGUUGCACUUCUUUGCAUGUCAUAUGGCAUAGCGCGUGUGCCUGCUGACUGCUGCGUGGCACUGCUCUACAGCAACUCUACAGCACUAUACAAUAUAUUAUCACGGCUUCACCUGUUGCUGGACAGACGUCCAACAUGUUUAACAUUCAGCGGUUGUUGAAAAUCUUUCGUGAUCUCGCAGGAGGCCGCUCACCGCUGAAAGUUAUUCUUGUUCUUUGGGCUUUCAUACAACGGCAACUCCGACGCUAUCUCUGGGAUCGAGGUAAUCAAGCCUCCCCAAAAGGUCCACAGCCCAUCAACGACAAAGUCUUUGGUGGACCUACUGAUGAAAUCUGUACGAAGUGGAGGAUGACAGUCAUGGACGACGAUGUAGAGGAACCGGUAUCGGCGGUCGUAUGUCGAAGCGCCUUCCCCUCACAGUCAACUCAUGGCUCCCGGUCUUCUUCUCGUUAUCCCUCUGCUGCUUCAUCUCGCUAUGGCUCUCGAUCUUCGUCUCGUUACGGUUCUCGAUCUUCAUCCGUGACACGAUCAACUAGCGACCACGGUUUCUCAACUCUUCCCAAAGUCCGGCCCCGAUCGUCGAGUCAACCUGACUUUGGGCCAUACGCAAAUGCAUCAGGACACCGUCUCGCUCAUUAUCCAUUGCCGAGUCGUUCUCAGUCUCGAUCACGAUCUCAGUCUGUUACCCAACCACAGGCAAGCUUUGACGAUCCGAGCCAUAUGACAGGGUCGACUACCAAAAGCUCCGAAUGGCUCUCAGACACCCUUUAUAACUCUUCAGGACCAUCGCUACCCUUUUCAACCAUGCCCGAUUCACCAUCUAGCUCCGAUGCGUGCCAGUCUAAAGAUCCAAGCGACUUGUGGCGCGAAUCCGAGAUUAUCCAGGCAAUGGAGACCAUUGAAUCUGAGCUGCCCUCAGAGAUCGAUAAUCCAUAUGAUGUUCAAGUUCCUAAUAUGCUUGCACCGGCACCACAGCCCACCAACGACUCAAACAACACCUCGAACUUUACGUUGACUCUUAAUGCUCAUUCUUCCUUCUUGCCCUUAACACCUGAACGUGUUCCAAGGUAUAACAAAGACUUUACCGAUGAAUCUAUACAUACCGAUUAUUUAAUCGACCCGUUAACGAUUUCAUUUCAGCAGAAUCAUGUUCACGUAGACUGGUUGAUGUGUGUGCAUCCUGAGGGUGCUCGCUACUUUUUUCACCAGGAAAGGAAAGUGUAUACCGAUGUCGACAUUAGCGAAUCGAACAACUUGCAGCUCAUCACGAAGUUCCUCAAUGAUCUCGACAACUACAUGAAUACGAACGGUAUUGUAAUAUCAGAUGCCGAUCUCGUACUUGACCUCAUCUCGGACCCGACGGGUAACGGUGGGAUCUCCUGCGCGUACUACUUCGCAAGUCACGAAAAUCGCUCGAUCUUUUGGUUUCAUGAAUUCAGUGGGACUUUUCUGAGUGCAUGGAAUGCAGUCAAAGGUGUUACCGAUCCGGGGCAUAUCAGCCUUGAAAUAGAGGCACAGUAUUGGUACCACUGUCAAUUGUUUCCUACAUGCAGACAAAUGACACUCGAUAUCAUUGACGAACUCAGAGAUACUUUGAUAUUUUGGAUGGGAGAUACAAUGACCCGAUCGAAAUCCAACUCUGCCUAUAAUAUUCCAGAACUACAGCAAAUGCUUAACCUCACAAAUACUGUUCGAAAAUCACUCGAUUGGACGUCAAACUCCAGGCCGAGCUUGGCAUGCAGCAUAGAUCGUUUGAUGUUCAUUGUUUUUCGAGAACGAUUCAUUAAUUUCUACGGUCAAGCCAGUGCCCGGCUUGAGCGCGAUGCAUCCGUUUACGAUAUAACGUUCAAACGAACACCGCUAGUUGUCCUGCUUUCACCACUCCUAUUCUUUGCCCCCGAUAUUCAUCUCACUGCGCUCAAAAAAAUCAAAGGAGAUGGAUUUUUUCGCAUAGCAGCUUGGAGCGGCUUCACUGAGAAACUGUAUAACGAGUGGCGGGAGGUCAUCCUUCAUGCCACUGUAUUGCUCACCGCCGACGUCGCUUUCCUAGCUAUCCAAAGCGUUGAUGACCAUAGUACCGACGAAGGACGAUCACCUGCAUUAAUAUCUGUUUACGUCUCAAUAAUUGCGAGCAUAGGCAGUAUCAUCUCGGGAUUUCGUAUGAGGGCCCACGACUCAUCCAAAGAUGCUAUGCGAUUCUUUGGGAAAGAGAGAGGUCUAGAGACUCUGGCUAUCAUGUACAGCUUACCUCAUGCUUUGCUGAUAUGGGCCAUGGUCGCAUUUCUGGUGGCAUUCAGCUUUCUAUGUUUCGCCGCAUCCAGCUUAUCCGUCCGGAUCCUCCUGGGUAUCGUGUGGAUCCUCACUGGUGUUCUCAUCCUUUGGUGCGUCAUCACAUUUUGGGAUGUCGAACGGCUAUACGACCGGUAUACAUGGAAACCACAAUCUCCAAUCAAGGUUUGGCGACAAUUUCUCUCCGCACAUUACAUGAAUAUUAUGGGUCGAAUGAAAAGAAGACCGCCAAUGAGCUCAAUGGAUGAGGCCGCUAUUCGCGUAUGAGGGGAUAUCCCGAAGCGACGAGUGAGUGAAUGCGUCAGUAUGAAUGCUUUUAGUCCUGUAUUUGCUCGCGCUGAACGUCACCAGAUUUUUGAAGUCUGGACCGGCUGGACCGAGUCUUCCCUCUUUUUA